CUCUCUGGUUUUUGUCUUGUUGACCAUAGUGCUGAGUUGGCCAGCAGCACCCAUGCAGGAUGUGUGGUUUCACUAGAAUGCAACUUUGGCUGACUUUGCUGGUUCUGGUCAUUGCUUUCCAUGAUGUCAGAAUUGCAAAUGGGUGUCAUCUGGAGUCCCCUGGCUCCACAAGUGGAGGCAGUGGUCCAAAUGACCAGUACUUUGACUUUGGCAGUUCUGGUGAACAAGUGGAAAAUGAGCAAACCUCCAGACAGGUUCACUACCAGCCCUCCCACAUUAUAUUCUCUCCAAGCGCUGGUCAGAACACUGACAGUCUUUGGAAGCUAGCUCUAGUCCAGCGCUGGAAUCGACCGUCCCCUGCAGUUUCUAGUGGUCAUCCAUUUGCAAAUCCACAGCAGACCUCUAGACCAGCACAGGGUAACUACCAGCCCUCCCAGAUUAGAUUGUCGGCAAGUUCUGUGGCCCAACAGACUGAUGGCACCAGUAAACCAGCAGCUCCUGCUAAGCCAGUCCAGAGCUGGCACAAUCCUUCAGUAUUUAGAGGACAUCCAUCUGCUAAACCUGAGCAAAACGAGCAGACCUCCAGACCAGCACAGGAUAACUACCAGCCCUCCCAGAUUAGAUUUUCAGACAGUUCUGUGGCCCAACAGACUGAUGACACUAGGAAACCAGCAGCUCCUGCUAAGCCAGUCCAGAGCUGGCACAAUCCUUCAGUGUUUAGAGAACAUCCAUCUGCUAAACCUGAGCAAAACGAGCAGACCUCCAGACCAGCACAGGGUAACUACCAGCCCUCCCAGAUUAGAUUUUCAGACAGUUCUGUGGCCCAACAGACUGAUGGCACCAGGAAACCAGCAGCUCCUGCUAAGCCAGUCCAGAGCUGGCACAAUCCUUCAGUGUUUAGAGAACAUCCAUCUGCUAAACCUGAGCAAAACGAGCAGACCUCCAGACCAGCACAGGGUAACUACCAGCCCUCCCAGAUUAGAUUUUCAGACAGUUCUGUGGCCCAACAGACUGAUGGCACCAGGAAACCAGCAGCUCCUGCUAAGCCAGUCCAGAGCUGGCACAAUCCUUCAGUAUUUAGAGGACAUCCAUCUGCUAAACCUGAGCAAAACGAGCAGACCUCCAGACCAGCACAGGGUAACUACCAGCCCUCCCAGAUUAGAUUUUCAGACAGUUCUGUGGCCCAACAGACUGAUGGCACCAGGAAACCAGCAGCUCCUGCUAAGCCAGUCCAGAGCUGGCACAAUCCUUCAGUAUUUAGAGGACAUCCAUCUGCUAAACCUGAGCAAAACGAGCAGACCUCCAGACCAGCACAGGGUAACUACCAGCCCUCCCAGAUUAGAUUUUCAGACAGUUCUGUGGCCCAACAGACUGAUGACACCAGGAAACCAGCAGCUCCUGCUAAGCCAGUCCAGAGCUGGCACAAUCCUUCAGUGUUUAGAGGCGAUCCAUCUGCUAAACCUGAGCAAAACGAGCAGACCUCCAGACCAGCACAGGGUAACUACCAGCCCUCCCAGAUUAGAUUUUCAGACAGUUCUGUGGCCCAACAGACUGAUGACACCAGGAAACCAGCAGCUCCUGCUAAGCCAGUCCAGAGCUGGCACAAUCCUUCAGUGUUUAGAGGCGAUCCAUCUGCUAAACCUAAGCAAAACGAACAGACCUCCAGACCAGCACAGGGUAACUACCAGUCCUCCCAAAUAAGAUUUUCAGGCAGUUCUGUGGCCCAACAGACUGAUGGCACCAGGAAACCAGCAGCUCCUGCUAAACCAGUCCAGAGCUGGCACACUUCUUCAGUUUCUAGUUGGCGUCCAUUUGCAGCGCCUGAGCAGCACCAGCAGACCUCUAGACCAGCACAGACUAACUACCAGCCCUCCCAGACUACAUUUUCAGCAAGUUCUGUGGCCCAACAGACUGAUGGCACCAGAAAACCAGCAGCUCCUGCUAAGCCAGUCCAGAGCUGGCAUCGACUGUCCACUCCAGUUUCUAGUGGUUGUCCAUUUGCAGCGCCUGAGCAGAGACGGCAGACCUCCAGACCAGCACAGACUAACUACCAGCCCUCCCAGACUAGAUUUUCAGCAAGUUCUAUGGCCCAACAGACUGAUGGCACCAGGAAACCAGCAGGUCCUGCUAAGCCAGUCUAGAGCUGGCACACUCCUUCAGUGUUUAGAGGACGUCCAUCUGCUAAACCUGAGCAAAACGAGCAGACCUCCAGACCAGCACAGGGUAACUACCAGCCCUCUAAGACUACAUUUUAAGCAAGUUCUAUGGCCCAACACACUGAUGGCACCAGGAAACCAGCAGCUCCUGCUAAGCUAGUCCAGAGCUGGCAUCGACCGUCCACUCCAGUUUCUAGUGGUUGUCCAUUUGCAGCGCCUGAGCCGAGACGGCAGACUCCCAGACUACAUUUUCAGCAAGUUCUGUGGCCCAACACACUGGUACCAGGAAACCAGCAGCUCCUGCUAAGCCAGUCCAGAGCUGGCACACUCCUUCAGUGUUUAGUGGACGUCCAUCUGCUAAACCUGAGCAAAACGAGCAGACCUCCAGACCAGCACAGGGUAACUACCAGCCCUC